AUGCAGGCGAAAUAUGGUAUUGUCGAUUCCGAUUUCUACAAUUUCGACGAAACCGGCUUUAUGAUGGGUAUAAUAUGCUUUGGAAUGGUUGUAACUAGUGCUGAACGAAAUGGCAGAAGCAAGGCAAUACAAUUAGGUAAUCGAGAGUGA